AUGUGGCUUCUCCUCACCUUCUCCUUCCUGCUGAUGUCUGCAGGACGCCCCACCCUUUUCUUGUUAAGCCCCUCGUCCAACAAAUCCGCCUUCCAGUUCCUCACCCUGGAAGGCAGACUGUGGGCAUUUGGUCUGUCUGUGCAAAUCCUGGCCCAAUCCUCGCAGGACGGCAGUGACAAGAUACCGAGAGGUGAGGCGUGUGCACCCCACUCCCAGCCGUGGCAAGUGGCCCUCUUCGAGCGUGGACGUUUUAACUGCGGUGCUUCCCUCAUCUCCCCAGGCUGGGUGCUGUCUGCAGCCCACUGCCAAACCCGCUCCAUGCGAGUGCGGCUGGGCGAGCACAAUCUGCGCAAGCGCGAGGGCCCAGAGCAACUACGGGCUGUUUCGCGCUUCAUCCCACAUCCGGGUUACGUAGCGCGCGGCCGUCUCCAUGACGUAAUGUUGCUGCGACUGAGCCGGCCCGCGCUCCUCUCCCCGGAAGUGCGCCUCGUGGCACUGCCCACGCGCUGCCCCCAAGCUGGAGAGGCCUGUGUGGUGUCCGGCUGGGGCCUGGUGUCUGGCAGCGAGUCUAGGACCACGGGGAGCCCAGAGUCACAAGGGGCGUGAAAGGAUGGAGCUGGAUGUCGGGCCACCGGGGGCCCUAUUCUCCAGGGCUCUUGGGCGGAGGGGACAAGGGCCUGAAAAUUGAUGGAUGCGCUGUCCUCCCCAGUGAGUCUCCCAGAUAAGUUGCAUUGUGCCAACAUCAGCAUUAUCUCGGCCGCGUCUUGUAGCAAGGACUACCCGGGGUGCCUGAUGGACACCAUGGUGUGUGCAGGCGUGGAGGGCGGAGGCACGAACUCCUG